AUGGAGUCUUCUCCUCCGUUCUUUCUCAGAAACAGCAACGAUCUCAACAACAACAAGGCGGCUAUGGUUGCCGCUGCCAUGGCUAUGCCUCAACAUGAAAUGGAAGUCGCUGAUCAUCACGGCGGCGCUGGCGGUGGCCGUUUCUUUGGAAACCCUUACUGGCUUGAAAUGGAUCCUCCGCCACCAUUGCAGCAGUUUCAGCAGCAGCAUCAGCAAAUGAAUCAUCAUCAUCAUCAUCAUCAUCAUCAUGCUCCUUCUUCUUCACUGGGAUUCUUCCAUGGCGGUGGUGAAGGUGGUUCUUCCGGAUCUUCAUCUUCCACUUCUACUACUACCAAUCCCCCUCAGUAUCAGUAUCAUGUUGUUUCACAUAACAAUAACGCUUCUGGUUCUGCUGCUCCAGCUUCUUCUUCUGAUGCUUCCGAUAACGUUAACCUCGACCUCACACUUCGCUUAUGA